AUGGUUGUUGGAAUUGGACUGCUGGUCAAUGCGGUCCUAGUGGCCAUCCCCAUUGGGGGCAGCGUUGGAGCCCUCAUGGGUAUCGAUGCUCACCGUUCAGCAACGGGACAAAAGCCACUCUUCACCGGAGGUACCGACGACGACAGCGGUAGCAUUGGUCAUGGUGGUGGUACCAAUGGCGGCACACAUGGCGGCAGCGAAGUUGUUCCCGAUGACGAUGGCAUCACCCGUAUCUCCAAAUGUGAUGUUUCUUACGGAAUCAUUCCUCCCUCAAAGACUGAGCAAUACACACUGAACCCCAACCCGUGGGGUGUGAAGGCUGGUUCAGACGACGGCGACUUGUGUCUGGAUGUCCUCAUGUGGAACAACGCAACAUAUCCGACCAACACCGCCCCCGAGUUCUCCGUUACCUGGCAAUACGACCAAGGCCCGAUUACCGCUCCUGUGCAUGCAUACCCCAACAUCCGGGUGGAUGAUGUCUUGCCAAAGAAGAUGAGUGAUGUGAAGGAGCUCUAUGUGGACGUCCACUGGACUUAUGGAGUGGGCAAAAACAAGUCUGCCGAAACCACCGACAUUGAUGCCCUGAAGGACAUCAACCUUUCGACCAACGUGGCCAUCGAUAUGUUCUUGGACAGUGAUAAGGAAAAGGCCGAAAAUGGAACAAAUGCCAAAUUCGAGGUCAUGGUCUGGUUCUGGAUGUCAUCCGUGGCAGCCCAGCCUCACGGUUGGUCCAAGCCAGGGAAGAACAAAACCAUUGAAGGACAAACGUUCACACUGUUCCAAGACAAGAACGACGAGGGUACUAUGGUCCUGUCUUGGGUCGCAAGACCGUUCCUCACAGAUGCCCUUGAGAAGUUUACUGGUGACAUUUAUCCUCUUAUCAGCGAACUUUACACGACGGAGAAUGAUGAUUAUCCCUCUAGCGAUGACUAUCUUGGCAGUCUGAGUUUCGGAACAGAGGCCUACGAUGUGAAAGAACAUGUCACUUUCUCGGUCCCCAAGUACGAGAUUUCUAUCAAGACUUGA